AUGCCUCCUCUACACGUAGACAGAUUUGUCUGCAGACGUCCGCAGACGCAUCCGCAGAUGAAUCUCUACGAGCCGUCCACACGUCGCCAGGUCGUUCAGUCUAUGUUGGUUCUCGUCAGAUGCAACACGUACGCACGCAGAAUGGAUAUAGAGACCGUUGCUGCCGCAGCUAUUUAUUUAUUUAGUACCUACAAGUAUUAUUUAAGCGUCUAUCGCAAUAGAGUUAUUAAAAAAAAAUGGAGAAGAAGAAGGUGGUGGAUGCUGACUAUACAUAGAAACCGAACAAAGAAUAGCAUGGAAAACCAGUUUGCAGAACUAUAUGCAGAGCCCUCUGGAGAAUUUAAUAAUUUUGUUCGAAUGUCUAGCAGCGAUUUUGAAUAUUUACUACAAAAGAUAUCUCCAACGAUUGCUAAAAAAGAUACAGAUUGGAGGGAUGCCAUUCCAGUGAAAGUGCGUUUGGCAGUAACAUUAAGAUAUUUAGCUACUGGUGAUAGCUAUAGAAGCUUGCAUUACCUGUUUAAAAUUUCAAGCCAAGUUAUAUCCAUUAUUGUUCCUGAAGUAUGUUUAGCGCUCAAUAACGUGUUAAAGGAUUUAGUGAAGAUACCUAACACUACGGAUGAAUGGCUUGCAAAGGCAAAAGGAUUUAAUUUUCCUCAUUGUAUUGGCGCUUUAGAUGGGAAACAUGUCAUGAUUCUACCGCCACCCAAUACCGCAACGGAGUACUUCAAUUAUAAAGGGCAUUUCAGUAUUGUACUCUUAGCACUAGUUGAUAGUGACUACUGCUUUAUGUUUGUAGAUAUAGGUUGCCCAGGGCGAAUUAGCGAUGGUGGAGUCUAUAAUCAAAGUGUUUUAAAGCAAAAAAUUGACACAAAUGUGAUCAACUUGCCUUCUCCUAGUUGCUUACCCAAUAGUAAUACAAGCUUACCCUAUGUAUUUUUAGCUGAUGCCGCAUUUGCAUUGAGUACACAUAUUAUGAAACCAUUUCCAGGGCAUCACGCUCUUGGUACUCCAGAGAGAUUAUUCAAUCAAAAGCUCUCUAGUUCGCGUGUAGCAGUCGAAAAUACUUUUGGUAUAAUGUCUAGCGUAUUCAGAAUUUUCAAAAAGCCUAUACCCUUGAAUAUCACUAAAGCAUCUUUAAUUACAAUGACAUGUGUCUUGUUACACAAUUUCUUAAGAAAAAGUAAAACAUCUCAACAUUUGUACAGUCCCCCAAAUUCAGAAGAUAAGUAUCUCAAUGGAGAAUUAAUCCAACCAGGGUCUUGGAGACAAAAUUACACGGGAACAUUCGAUCCACUGCAACCUAUACCUCGAAGAGCGCCUACAUGUGCAGUUGAAACGCGAUUAAAAUUUACCAGAUAUAUUAACGAGAAUAACCAUUAAUUCAAAAGUACCUAGUAAUCUAGUAGUAUCUAAAUACCUAUAAAUUUAAGAUAAGUAUAUAGAAAUGUAUGUUGUGUUGGCUACUCAAAUAAAUAAAUAAUCCAAAAAUAAA